AUGGUAUAGCGUUUUCUCAUCUGUGGUUUCAUCUAUCUUGUCUCUACUCAAUACACCUUUUCUAUUCCGAAACUCUCUGCUGAACUUUGCUUCUUAACCUCACUCUAAGUUGUUCUAUCGCAUGUUCCUACUGAAUUUCCCUACUGCGCCGUCAUACUUGGAACAUGCCCUGAAUCACUUUUUUGUACGCUUCACCCAAUAUGAGAAAGAGUUCAGUGGCAGGCGUCGCACAAGCCAGAAAGCGAUCAGCUAAGGUGUAAGAGUUAUUCGUGUUGAACUAACUACUAUCGCUAAAGAUUUCCGGAAAGGUGCGUACGAUGUCGAAGACAGAAGAUCAAGUGUUCUGGAACACAGCCAUGCUUUAGCUGUAGCAGCCGGAAUUUCUCUUGCAUUUUCGACGACAUGAGCCAAAAGGUUCUAGUGACACGGAGGCAGAUUGCGGAGUUGAAGCAGAGAGCAGCACAAUUGGAGAAAGAUACAAGUGACCGUCACACAUCUUUAGGCUCGGCUUCUCGUGAACGUCCUCCCGAGAACACACCGGAUAACUAUCAUACUCCCCCAGACGGAGAAAAUCUUGAAUGUGGAUUGGUGAAUCCACUAGUCUUCGGGCCACCUGCCUUUAUGUCACCGGGCAAUGGAAGAACUUAUUAUUUAGGAACAUCCUCUAAUUGGUCCUUCGCUCGACGCGUACUCAGUAUGGUUCAUGAACAUGUCCACAAAGGAUGCUUACCAACCGAGGUACUGGUGUUCGAGGGAACGGCUUAUGAUCUAGGCUGGGACGGAUCUCGAACUGAUCCGAGUUCAGAAAGCCCUCUCAUUCCAACUCUUGACCAUGCCAUAUACCUGAUCAAUGCCGUCAAGUUUCGCUGCGGGCAGUUAUACCACUUAUUUGAUGACAGUGACUUUAUGGAAUCACUCUAUAGCUUCUACUCGGAAGAUCAGCAGACAAGAACAAAGGGCCUAUGGUAUAUCCACUUUCUUAUCAUUCUGGCUUUCGGGAAAAUGUUCACUCAAGUGAAGUACCUGAAAGGAAAGCCCCUUGGUAUCAGCCUUUUUGUCAAAGCUUUGCAAAUUCUGCCAGAUCACACCCUCCUUUACUCCUCACCGAUAGUGGGCCAAGCGAUGCGAAUGGCCAUGGCUCACGGCAUGCACACCUGUAUGCCCGUCAUGGACCUGGGACGGGAUAGUGUGGAGAGGUGCCGGAAGAUUUGGUGGACUGUCUAUAUUCUGGACAGGCACAUGACAUCUAUCCAAGGGCUUCCGCAGUCUGUCGACGACCACUUCAUUCAAACCAAGUUGCCUUCUCCUGUGGGUUCGGAAAACAUCACAAUCUUAGACAUGCACAUCAAGUUAUGCCGGAGCAUAGCUGAUAUUAACGCCAAAACCUUCCUCACUUUUGAUCUGGAAUCUGUUUUUAUCUCCACGGUGGUGCUUCUAAUGGCCCCGGCAAUAGACCGUCAAUUAGUAGCCAACGAUACGUGGUGGCACGCUACAGCGGACCUAAUAUUUAAUGACAUGGUCGAGGCUGGGAAUCAGAUAGCACGGUUCCGGCAUUCGGAAAUACAGCAGCUAGACGAGAAACUGAAUCUGCUCAUGCCACGCCAGGACCAGAAUGGGCAUUUCAAUUUUGAACUUCCUCUACACUCUAUCACAAAACAGCCGCUUUCUUCACAUGAGGCUCAUACAGCAACACCUAUCGCAGAGAACUCUUGCUCUGAUCCGUUCCUUGGGGGUGAUUUCACACUGACGGCGGGAUGUGCAUUUGAGCCAUCGUUGACAUCUGCUGAGAUGAUGGCCAUGGUGAACUCGAUUGAAUUGUUUGAUGCAGAAUGGGCAUCGACAAUGAUGGACAACCAUGCUAUUUGGUAGUCCUAGUAUAUAUGUCCUGCAGCUGAACAUCUCAAUGGUGAACUUC